UUCUCCUACUAUGGCAUGCGAGCCGUGCUGGUGCUGUACUUUAAGUACUUCCUGAAGUGGGAUGAUGAUUUCGCCACCACUAUCUACCACACAUUCGUGGCUCUGUGCUACCUGACACCAAUCCUGGGAGCCAUUGUGGCUGACUCAUGGCUCGGCAAAUUCAAAACUAUUGUUUACCUGUCCAUUGUGUACACGGCGGGACAGGUUGUCAUGGCUGUAAGUGCAAUCCAUGACAUCACAGAUACAAACAAGGAUGGGACCCCCGACAACAUGACUUUCCACGUAGCUCUGUCCAUGGUGGGGUUGAUACUUAUCGCCCUGGGAACAGGAGGCAUCAAACCCUGCGUGGCUGCAUUUGGUGGAGACCAGUUUCGAGAGGAUCAGGAGAAGCAGAGAAGCACCUUCUUCUCCAUCUUCUACCUGUCCAUCAAUGCAGGCAGUCUGCUGUCCACCGUCAUCACCCCCAUCCUCAGAGCUCAGGAGUGUGGUAUCUACGUCCCACAGAAGUGCUACGCUCUGGCCUUUGGUGUCCCUGCUGCUCUCAUGGUGGUAGCCCUGAUUGUGUUCAUUGUUGGAAGUGGUAUGUACGUUAAGACGGCCCCUCAAGGCAACAUCAUGGUGAAAGUCUGCAAAUGCAUCGGGUUUGCUAUCAAGAACCGCUUCAGGCAUCGCAGUUCUGAGUAUCCUAAGAGAGAGCACUGGAUGGACUGGGCUGAGGAGAAAUAUGACAAACUUCUGAUUGCCCAGGUGAAGAUGGUGUUGAAGGUGUUGUUCCUCUACAUCCCUCUGCCCAUGUUCUGGGCUCUCUUUGACCAGCAGGGCUCAAGAUGGACCCUCCAGGCGACAACCAUGGACGGCGACUUUGGAAGUCUCAUCAUCCAGCCCGAUCAGAUGCAGACUGUCAACCCCAUCUUGAUCCUGGCUUUGGUGCCAGUCAUGGAUAGCCUGAUCUACCCGCUGAUUGCCAAGUGCAAAUUAAACUUCUCUCCGUUGAAGAGGAUGACUGUGGGGAUGUUCUUCGCUGCUAUGGCGUUCGUCGCUGCUGCCCUGGUCCAGUUACAGAUCGAUCAAACCCUGCCCACGUUCCCAUCAAGCGCUGAGGGCCAAGUCAAGUUCAUCAACAUGCUUAACAAAGAUAUGAACAUCACAGCUGGACCCCACACGUUUACCUUGAAGCCUUUAACGGCCAAUGAAGAUUACCUGACCCUUGAUUUAACAUUUGGCCUGGAUCUGGGAUCUGGUGUCCCUUCCGAUAUCACUAUAGAGGGUGGCACUCGGAGUACCAGGACCAUUGUUGAAGUUGGAGGCCAACUCACAACUGAGGAGUUCAAGGACAUCACAGCAAAGCCGGAACAGGGCGCUAAUGCUAUCAGAUUUCUGAAUGGUUUUGACUCGGGCUUGAAUAUAACUAUAGGUAGUCUGGACUACGGACACAUCGUCACCAACAACAUGUCAGAAUAUGUUGCGGUCCCCAAUGGACAAGCACAGUUCCUGAUCAAGAAUGAUGCUGGAGAGUGCACCUACACCCAAACACUGGGCUUCGGCAGCUCUUACACCUUGAUCAUCCCGUCAACGUUCGCAUUUGGAAAAGAUUGUGAACAGAACAUCAAGGCGGUGAUGGACAUUCAACCUAACACCGUCCACAUGGCCUUGCAGAUUCCUCAGUAUUUCCUCAUCACUGCAGGAGAGGUGGUCUUCUCUGUCACUGGCCUGGAGUUCUCCUACUCACAGGCACCCAGCAACAUGAAGUCUGUGCUGCAGGCUGGUUGGCUGUUAACUGUUGCUGUAGGUAACAUCAUUGUGCUCAUUGUCGCCGAGGCUGCAACGCUCCCAGAUCAGUGGGCCGAGUACAUCCUCUUCGCCUCUCUGCUGGUGUUAGUGUGCAUCAUCUUUGCCAUCAUGGCCUAUUUCUACACCUACAUUGACCCGGCCAAGGUAGAAGCCCAGUUUGCUGAGGGGGAACCUGAAGAGAAGGACAAAAGGAAGAGUUUGGAGAUGGCCAAGAGGGACUCGAUUAAGAAGUGCGAGGAGGAGAGAAGGAGUUCCGAUUCCAGUUCUGAUUCCAGCUCUGAUGAGGAGGUCGAAGUCCCUCAGACCAAGAUUUAAAGUGCCCUUUUAACCCUUUUUUUUCAACAGCUGUUCCCCCAUUUGUAUACGAAUGCUGCUUGGUUCUGUUUUGUGUCUGAGAUGACAUGUAGUGGUUAGAGUGAAUGGAUGAUGUGAGUGAAAUGGGACUGAAGUGGGAGGAACAUAGGGCUUAGAUGGUUAAGCUCUUGGUGGACAGUGUUAGUAAAGGAUCUUGGCAGGGAUAAUUCAAACAUAACUACAGAAAUACUUUUAUUGCUACUUCAGCUCAAAAUCUCCAGAAAAUAUUCAUUUUUUUAGAGGUUACUCAUAAUUUAAAUCCCUGGUUCUUUAUUGGUUAUUAAUUUGUCCUUUCAUUGUUGUAAAUUUAUUUUUGUAAUGAUUUAUUUUGCACUGUGUAGCCACAUCUUUAUGUAAUUUUUUGUUUCAUGUAGUCUUUCGUAAUGUACUGGUGUACACGCACAAAGAAACCAUUCCAACAUUUGUAUUUAUUUUCAGGCACAGUGUUGUGUGUAGUGUAAUAUAUUGUCACUGUUUUAUAUAUAUGACAUUUUCAUCCUCUCCAGGGUAAAAUCUGACAUCAAGAAUAAUGGCUGUUCAUCAAACGACUUCAAUAAGGAGGCUAGCAAGGUGUUUGAGAAAAACAAAAACACCUAAAGCAUUGUCAAUCUGUACCAGCAGUGGUUUCAUUCAAACUAUGCAAUGGCAUCAUUUUAAAUAAAGUUCUUUUUCUGAAUACAAAAACUUUUUGCAUAUCCAGCAUGUAGAUAGAUAAGUUGGUACUACUUCCUAAUAAGGCAUUCUUUAUAAAAGAUUUAUGAGUAGUAACUAAUGGUUUUAUUAAAGGUUAAUAAAUAAUUUAUGAAUACUCUAUUCAUCGGUUACAAAAGCCUCUGGGCUGCCAGGUCUUUGGCUAGUUUCUAUUUGGUAAUAGUGUAGUUAUGAAUGUUGGUAAUUGGCUAACAAAAAUUUCUC